UGAAAAAGAACACAACAUUUUGCUUAGGAGUAGACAUACGCCACGCUUUUUCACAAGCUCUUUGUCAAACUCCAACUCCCAUGAUUCUGUGCGUUUUCGAGAAUAUAGGCGACUCUUCCGGUGCAUGAAGCUUUGCUAUCCUACCACUUUUCGUUGUGAACAGUUCACGCUGCGGGGACCAAACGUUUGAGGGCUCUUUAUUAGGUUAGUAAGGGUGUUUUUUUUAAGUAUUUAAUUAUGCUCUCUGAAUUUUUUGUUAAACGUAAGGUAUGAGAGCGCUAGCAAAAGAAACAACAGCGCAAACAUGAAGGGAUAAGGCUAAACGUCUAUUUUAGCCACCAUCAUAAAGUUCGAUGUAGCUCCUUGACAAAAACUGCCAUUGCAAGUUAUGCGUGUCAUCUUCCAAUAUUAGUCUGCAGCGAUGUUGUUUAAAUGCGACAUUAGCAUUGCAGAUAGCUAGAGUUGUAUGGACAGAUGUAUGACUUGGUAACCAACUCCCAAGUUACGUAGAUGACCACUAAGCGUCCAAAAAUAAGAACACAAUUGUACCGGAACGAAAGGGUUUGUAAUGAUCUUUUCAUGUUUCCCUACACAUGCCUUUUACAAUAAUAAUCUGGCCGACUGGACCAUAAUGCAUCACUUGGCACCCUCAAGUAGUCCACUGGGUUUGCUACCAAGCAUGUAUACAUUUUCUGGGCCCACAAGCUUACCUGAAUUUGAUCUUGGGUCUCCAAACACAUCUGAACACCUACAGAGAGGACCCCUGUCAAGCAAUUGGGAGACAAGAUGCCUCAGGAAGCACAGGAGGAGAUUUUAUGAUGAAGGAUGUCUUGCCAAAAGACGAAGAUUAACAACAGGGACCGAGCUGGACAUUUCACUGGACGGGCCUUCUAGAAACAGCUGUCCUACUUUAUGUACACAUCUAAGUGACCAUGCUCCUCCACCACCUUGUCCGUCACCUCACAACCUGAAUUCAUUGCGGUCCUCUUCUGAUGUGUCCCGACUUGAGACGGAGAGCUCCUGCAUGGAAAUAGAGGCAGCUCAAAGGAAGCUUCAAGAGAUUGAAAACAGAAUAACACUGGAGGACGACGAUGAGGAUGAAGAUCUGGAUGUGGAGCCGGCCCAAAGAAGGCCAGUCCUGGUCAUCUCGGACAGUUUGAAGGAAGGCCUGCAGCGUGGCAUCAGUGACAUCCUCCCCCACACAGUUGCUCAAUCUGUGAGCCAUUCCUGCAUGGAGCUGGUGUUGUGGCGGCCACCAGAAGACCCCUUCUGUCGCAAACUAAAAGGCUCGUUCCAGAAGCAGAGGAAACAACAGUCAGUCCCCCGACAUCCAACGACUCUGUGUGCUUCGCCCAACCAUCACAAUCCCCUCAGUGCACCUGGAGACACGCACACUCCUCUCCAUAACUUUCUCGUCACACAAAGCUGUGGAGAGGAGGACAUGGAAAUGUAAGAAGGUGUAACUCACUGACCGGACUUGCGUGGAAAUUGGUCACUUUGGAGUUGUUGCCGCUUUCGCUUAGUCACUUUUCGGUUCUAUGAAUAUAAUCCCAGAAUGAAGUAACAUCCUGACAUUCUACGUUCAUGUUACCCCCAAAUCAAAUCACUCUCAAGCUCAAGCUCCAUGAGUAAUAAUUAAUAUUUAACAUUUGCCAAAGCCUGGUUAACAUUGCACUGAUACACCGUUUCUAAGUAGGUGUUCUUUGUUAAUCAUCUGUGAGCAGCAACGUAUUUUUCUACCCUGCCAUCUUUAUUCUUCAGUGCCCAUAAAUGCUAACAUGCAUGACUUUGUACAAGAGCUGUAUUCGUUGUGGUUGAAAGACUAUUCUAUUUUGCUGAGCAAGUAUGCUAUAUAAGCUUUGAAGAGUUUGUAAAGUGAUGGAAAUGCACCUUGAAUUAUGUGUUUUCAAGGAUAUCCCAAUCAGAUAUGUUCUGUUUGUAUUUGUUUUACACAUAUAUUGUGCUUCAUCCAGUGGGAAAAGCGUGCAAUGUUCUGAUAUUAAAUUGUCUCAUAAAGUUGAUUAAAUGUUCAUUUGCAUGUUACAUAUGAUUAUAUGUCAUGUAACAGCAAUUCCUACAAAAAAAAAAGGCUUCAUGAGGUUUUCUACUGUCAGUCUCCUGUUAAACCUGCAAACCUCUGGAAUCUUGAGCCAUAAAACACUGUCACAGAGGAAAGUGCAAACGACCACUAAACAUUUGGUUGUGUCAUUUGUCACUGUGACCUGCUUGUUAAGAUGCUAUCUUAAGUACACUUAACUGUGAAUGAUUCAUUUCUUCAGUAAUGCCAAAUAUGUUCAAAUACCGUGGAUUCUUUACUGACUUCACUCAGAUACAGCUCACAAUGAGAGAGUAGUGUUCUUGAUCAUUGAGUAUUUGUUUAAAAAGGAUAGUAUUUAGUAUUCAGAUGAGGUAUUUGACUGAAUAUAGUUUGGUUCUUUUUUAAUCUUACUUUUGUAGCUUUACAAGUUCCAGGAUUAUUCAAUAAUGGGGUGUUUUUACCAUACCA